AUGUAUCGCGAUUUAUUACUUCUCACUGCAUUCUUGGGUUUCACCCUCGCGCAAAGCGGCGCUGAUCCGUACGCCCCAGUCUACACGACAUGUCCCUCGUCCCUCAAGAUCCGCAGCGCCAAAGACGGCCUAUCAGAUGAAGAAUCAUUUUGGCGUGAACAGCGUGCAAAGCAAAUGAUCCCCAAUCUCGAAGACUACCUCAAACUCGCCAACAUUUCGAACUUCAACGUCACAAACUAUAUAAACAAGCUCAAGACUGACGAUGUUCCCAUCGUUGGGCUUUCUGUCUCCGGUGGAGGCACGCAGUCUGGUCUUGGUGGCUUAGGUGUCUGGCAAGCCUUUGAUGCCAGAUCUUCUAUCGCAAGAGCCGCUAGAACAGGCGGCUUGACGCAGCUCUUCUCAUACAUCACCGGUCUAUCCGGCGGAGGCGCCGUCACCGUAUCCCUUCUGUAA